AUGGCAUUUCUUGCUGAUGUGCUACCAAAGUUUGAAAAGAAAACUGAAAAGGAAAUUAAAGAAUAUGACACUAAUGAAUUAAGUGUUAUAACUACCGUAUUGGAAAAGAGACUAGUGUCGUCAUGGUAUGUUCCAUACAUUUCAGAGGAAAUUGGCUUUCCAUUUGCAUGUAAACAGAUAUUGGAUCAAAUUAUUGCAAAGGCAUUUGAGACAUGUAAUAAAAUUGAUAGUAAAGAUAUUUUUGUUGAUAUGUGUGCUAUAUUAACAAGUCACUUUAAAGAGUAUAAGAGAGCUCUUAAAAGACAUGAAACAUGCCCUGAUGAGACAGUAGAAUCACUGUACAAGAAAACACAUCCAAUAUUUAACGGCAAAAAUAAGAAGACGGCCUCGGCUGAUCAUUGUAUUGAUGUUCUGAGGAUUAUACUUAAAGAUUUGGUUCCAUGGGAAGUAUGGGAUACACCUUAUUCAGAACUGCUCGUAAGAAUUCUAGCUAAGAAGCUAGACACAUAUAUAGAUUCAACCAUCGCUAAUCCCGUUUGGUUGAAUGACAAGUUAAUAAACUUACUUACCAAAGAAAAGGCAACUAUAAAGACAGAAUCCGUAGAAAAAGAGCCUGAAAAUGUUGAAACAGUAAAAGAUGUUACUGAAAAAAAGGAAAUUGUUGAGAAAAGUAAUGAAAAUGUUGUUAUUGAAUCUACAGAGAAUGUUAAGAAAGUUACUCAGAAUGUUGAGGAAAAGGCGAAAGUUGAUACGAGUAAUGGAACAGAGUUAAGUGAUGUUAAGCCUGUGUUGAGACAACGGAGAGGCAGACAGGGUCGGAACGAAGUCAAAAUAUAUGACAGGAUCAUUGAAGGUAGUGUGAAAACUUGGGAGACAGAUAUGGACUUGCAGUGUAUUAGCGUGGGUCAAGAUUUACUGGCCAGUCUCGAUGAAAUGACCUUAAGCCGUCUUUGGGGUCAGGAAGAGGCAGAACAUAGUCCCAAUAUGAGAACAAUAUCACCACAACCAUUGUGGUUUGGCGAGGAAGAUAAUGUUGAACUAGAUCUGGAUUUGGUUCAAACCAAGAAGGAUUCCAGCCCAAAGCCAGCUGAACUUCUGCGAGACCUGCAAAGUACUGUACACCAGGCGAAGGCCAAGAUAGGAGAUCUGCAGGUCCCGUACAUAGAUGUGACCUACAACAACAGUGAUGAAGCGGCUGGUAUGAUGGAAGGUCUUUUAGAUAAAGGCAUAGCUGGCAUUAAGAAAGGACUUAGAUUCACCGGACUUAGUGAUGAUUCACAGGAAAAACACGACAAAUCACCAGCACACAAGGGAAGUGAGAAGGUUUCUCCAGAACUACAGAGACAUAGACUGAAAACAGAAGUUAGCGAGGCGCAAGAAGCUUAUGCUACUAUGGGCACUCCUAAAGAAGACAAUCUGAUGCAUCAGCUGGUCAAACAACAGAGAGUCAGCUCGCAGGACAGUGUGUUGUCCCGCCCCCCUCCCUCCCCUCCCAGCCCUCCAUCACCGGAGCCGCAGUAUGAAGAAGCAGCCGACCUGUCCGCCUCCAUAGCUAAGCUACGUUCAUUGCUGCAACACGCCGGCCCAAGACCGGAAGAGGUCUGGUGGGAAGGCGCUGAGGAAACACGAGGGAGGCAAGCGACCAAUAUAACUAGACCUCCCGACGCAGCUGCGUUAGCUGAUGAAUAUGAUAUGGAGAGGAACGCGUCCCCGGGACAGACCAGCAAUAACAUGCAGAGACUAGACAAAUUGUUCACUCGCACAGUGACGGGUGUAUUUAACUCCAUCCGCACGGCGGUGGGUGCGGAGGGCGAAGUUCCCGCGGGAGUCAGCGCCGGGGGCGGAGCCCUAGCUGACUGGACUUAUGUUAGCACAUCACCUGAACUCAGCGUGUGUUCAGCCGCGGGUCGCCUGGUGGGGUCUCGCCGCGCCCUGUGGCAUGUAGACUCAGCUUUAGACUCACUACAUCAGUUGGAGACCAAACAUGAAGAGAAGUUAGAACCACUGGAGCUUGAGGAAUGGCUGUGUGUGUACGGUAGUCGCUGGGCAGGCCUGCUGGAGGUAGCCACGUCUGUGGGGCUGCUGUCCUCACACCUCGCUUACAGGCUCUCCGCUGUGAUAUGUGCCGAUAUAGCGGAAUCUCUAAUAGCGUCGUGGCUAGAUGACUUGUCGAACUGGCUGAAGAAGCAGGUGUUCAUUUACUUCGAACAGCUGGCAGCUAAUAACGAAACAGAAGAAAUACCUCUCAGAGACUUAGAUGUUGAUGAAACUUGCAAGAUUAUACUGGAGAAUAUUCCAGCGUGGUGUAUAUUGAGUGAGGAGCGCGCGCGUGUGUGUGUCCGUACGUGCGUCCUCAGCAUGCAACACGCGUCUGUACUCAAAGAUGUUGUAUAUAGAAUGAUGGACGCGCUCGCGGGACGAGCGACGACCGCCGGGCAGCACUAG